UCCUGUUUUAUUUUGAAGGAGUCUUGUGUUCUUUGUUCAUUGUAUUUAAUUUCACUUCAUCUGUCCUGUCAUUAGGUUCAUGUCAGUCAGCUGUUUCCCCAUGUGUUCCCACUUCCCCUGAUCACCUCCUGUGUGUAUUUAAGUCCUGUGUUUUCUGUAGGUCACUGUCAGGCCGUCUGCGAUCUUCACCACAGUCCUAAUCUGAGUGUUUCAUGUUCUUUUUUUCAUAGUUUUCAUGUUUUUUGUUCUGCAACCAGCUAAAUAAAGCUUGCUUUUCGUUCAAACGCAACCCUUUUUACUAGGAAAGAAGAGCAUGUUAAAGACUUCAGCUCGAAUCAGUUAAACAUAUGGUGUUGUUAAAGCUUAUAAAGUUACCAAGAAGUCCCUUGAAAUCUUUGCAAAAUAAAAUACUUGGCUAUGGUAGGACUGGGAUCAUAGAAGAGGGGGACAUACAUUUUGACUGUCACAGUCUGAUAAAAUGUGUAAGACUGAAGUACGACAGAGAGUGGUUACAAAGAGGAGAUACAUUUUGGUACACUAUAGGUCCAACCACAAACCUCCAGAAGAUAACGAAGGUGCGCAAAACACCAUGCGCUCCAGUCCAACCCCACAUCCUCCUCUUUACCUGAGCCUUCUUCUCUUUCUGUCAUGGAACUCCCCGGUUCUUUCCUGUAUAACAGUGAACAACAGCAAGUGUGAGUCUGCUCCAUUUGUACCAGGCCACAACCUGAUUGGGGAGGGAUUUGAUGUCAUCACCCUGCGCCGAAAAGGAGCCUACAUGAUUGAUGUAGCUACUUACCGCAAACCAGAUGGCACCUGUACUCUCUGCACCAACCGCAAUCAAAACAAAACUCUACAAAAACUGCCGGCCUCUGUUGUCGACUGGCGUGCAAUCAGCCAAUGCAAAACCGAUAUCUCCAGCAGUGCACACACCACUGUUAGUUCACUACUUAACUCUUAUACUGAUCAGGACAUCCACGACUGGAAGGCUGGACUAAGUAUAAAUCUCAUAUCUACCGGCGUGGGGAUUGGAGGAACACACUCCACGGCAUAUGCAUUUGCUUCAAAAAGGACCAAAGAGGACCACUACUCCUUCAGCACACACACGGUCACCUGUACUCAUUAUCGUUACCGGGUAUCAAGAACACCGACCCUUAGCUCUGAGUUCAUCAGGGAUGUGGCCAGUUUGCCAAGUCGCUAUAACUCCUCCACCAGAGAUCAGUACAACGAGGUCAUAGAUACCUACGGCACACAUUACAUUCGCAAGGUUCGUCUUGGUGGCCGUCUUAGACGAGUCACAGCUGUACGAACCUGUUUGUCCAGACUAAACGGAUUCUCCUCAAAUGAGUUACACUCCUGCCUGUCGAUGGGUGUCUCCAUUGGCUUGGGAAAGCUGAAUCCAUCUGCUGUCCAAGGUUCUUGCAAAAACAUCCUGGAAAACCGGGACGUUGCCACUAGGUAUAGCUCUGGUCUCCACCAACACUAUACGGAUGUGGUAGGAGGUAAUGGGUGGUUGGGAGAGUUUUCACUUGCAUAUGAUGAUUCCCUGGGUUUUAAAAACUGGCUGAACAGCCUGAAGGAUCAUCCAGAUGUUGCUUCCUACUUCAUUCGCCCAAUGUAUCAGCUGAUACCGAAAGGCACAAAGAAGUCAGGGAUGAAGGCUGCCAUAGAGCAGUACAUAACAGACAAUGAUGUGAGUCAAUCACACAGCGAACGAAAUUGUUGGCGGGGCAAUCCUAACCUAGAUUUCAACUGCUGUCCUCGAAACGCCUGGAGGGGGAAGCUAACUGUGGAAAUCACCCGAGCCUGGGAUCUGAAAGGAGAUCAUCUUGGCCCAACUGACAGCUAUGUUAAACUGAGGUUCGGUUCCAUCAAUCAUCAGACUCGCAUGAUCGAAUCAAGUUAUCCCCGAUGGAAUGCUUAUUUUGAUUUUGGACAGGUGGACACACACAGUCAUGUGUAUGUUGAAUUAUGGGACGAGGAUCUGAUCUAUGAUGAUCUCCUGGGAUCAUGUUCCCGGCAUCCAACUCGGGGGACACGUAUAUUUUCCUGUUCAGCUGACAGUGGCGGCUAUGAGUUCAAGACCACUCUGACCUGCGACUCACAUCUCACAGGAGACUGGUGUCACCAAUAUACACCAUCUCCACAAUGAGAAAUGCAUUUUGGGGUUGCAUGUCUUUCUUCUAUAAUCAAUUGUGAUAAAUCUGUUGAUCACAUAAGAGUCACAUGACUGAUGGGUUU